GUCACUGGUAACUUGGCUAUGAAAAGAGAAGACCAGCAAAAAUGGAAAACAAGCUUGGGGAGAAAGAGAUCAGACUCAUCCUGAUUGGUGGGAGAUGGGCUGGCAAGAGCUCUUCUGGCAACACCAUACUGGGAGAGGAAAGGUUUGAGUGUGGCCGAACCAGAACAAUCCAGUCUGAGGUAAGACAUGGAGACGUCGAGGGCAGGAAGCUCAUCGUGGUGGAUGCUCCAGGAUGGAACAGCUCCCACUCCCUCACUGAGAUCCCAGAGAGAGACAAGCAAACAUUUAAGCUCAACACGUCCAAGUGUCCACCCGGACCAAAUGUCUUCCUCCUUGUUAUUCCCAUAGACUGUGCUUUCACUGCAGAGCAAAAGAGGAUUGUGGAGGAGCACAUGAAGCUCCUGGAAAAGCGUGUUUGGAAAUAUACCAUGGUACUGUUCACCUGUGGAGAUUUCCUCAGGAAGAGGACAAUAGAGCAACACAUUGAGAGUGAGGGAGAUGCACUAAAGUGGUUAAUAGAAAGAUGCAGUAACAGGUACCACGUGUUCAAUAACAACGAGAGAUAUAACACAACUCAGGUGACACAGCUGCUGGAGAAGAUAGAGGAGAUGGUGUGGCACAACAAUGGCAGUUACUACGAGGUAGAAGAACAGAUAUUUAACAUCAUUAAAGAGAAGCAACGAGAAGUGGCUGAAAGGGCGGAAAAGAGACGGAGAAGGGCCGAGGAACAAAGACAUGAUAUGAAAAUACUCAUUCAAGAAGAGAAGAAAACCAUCCCAAAACUCCAGAUGAUUCUCUUGGGAAGCCGAAGUGCUGGGAAAACCUUAGUAGAAAACACCAUCCUGGGAAUCAAAGAACAAGAAGAUGGAAGAAGAACAACGCAGUCGGUGGCACGGCAUGGCUUUGUGGGUAAAACUGAAAUAACUCUGGUUGACACACCAGGUUGGUGGAAAGGCUUCCCAGUGUCUGACACUCCUGAAGCAAUCAAAGAGGAAGUGAUGCGCAGCAUGUUCCUGUGCCCCCCUGGGCCUCACGUCUUCCUGUUGGUGAUAGAUGCAGAUUCAUCCUUCAAUGCCAAACACUUAGAUGCAGUGACAACACACAUGGAGCUUCUCGGACAAGAAGUGUGGAGACGCACUGUUGUAGUUUUCACCAGGGGAGACUGGCUGGGAACAAAUACCAUAGAGCAGUACAUCGAAGCGGAGGGAGAGGCCAUGCAGUCUCUAGUUGAACAAUGUGGGAACAGAUAUCAUGUCAUUGAUAACAAGAAUGCAGAUGAAUGUACUCAAAUCACAGAGCUGCUGGAGAAAAUCACUUGGACUGUGGCUGGAAAUGGUUGGAGCCAUUUUUCCCCAGAUGAGAAGAUAUUUCUAACCAUUGAAGAGAAAAGACGAAGAGUAGAAGAAGGAGCACGACUGAGGCAAAGUCAAGUCAAGGCCAAAAGAAAAUCCCUGAGAGGUGCCAAAGAUGAAUUGCGGGAGCUGAGGAUUGUGAUGCUUGGUCAGAAGACAUCUGGAAAGAGUGAAACAGGAAACAACCUCCUGCGUAAGGAAGUGUUUUCCACCUGUGAGAAUAAGCACUGUCAGGUGGAGGACGGGGAAGUUGCUGGCAGAAGGAUCACAGUGAUCGACUCCCCGGGCUGGUAUGAGAAGUCCUCCCUCUGCACUGAAGAGAUGGACAAAGAAAUUGUCCGAGGUCUGUCGGUGAGCCCAUUAGGCGUUCAUGUUGUUCUGCUGGUUGUCCCCUUGGACCUGACGUUCAGAGAAGCUCAACAGGUCGCUCUGGAGGAACACAUGAACCUCUUUGAUGCCAGCGUCUGGAAACACACAAUGGUUCUGUUCACAUUUGGAGACAAACUAGCAGAUAAAUCCGUAGAGGAGCACAUCGAGAGGGAGCAUCGAGCUCUACGCUGGUUGGUUGACAAGUGUAAGAACAAAUACCACGUUGUGAACAAUAUGAAGAGAACUGAUAUGAAUCAGGUUACCGAACUGUUUGAGAAAAUAGAGGAAAUGGUGGCAGGGAACAGUGGCCGGCUCUUCUGCCCUGACAUGAAUGACAUCCACCUGAGAAUUGAAGAGAAGUUCAGGAGAAGGCAGCUCAAACAUGUGCUGAAGCAGCAGCUGGAGGAGGAGUACAGGCGGAGGGAGCUGGAGAUGAUGACGGGCUUCAGAGAAAAACUCCUUGAGCUGCAAGCUGAUAUCAGGGGGAGUGUGACAAGCACUAAAUCCAAGUCCCUGUUUGGUGACAUGGCCAAACUCAAAGCCAAGGGUGUUGGUCAGAAGAAGAAAGAUGGAAAGGAGAAGGAGGAAAUCAUAGGUGAAAAAAUCAACCAGGAAAUUGAAAAGCUGGAUAAGGACAUAAUGAGAGCCACAGAUCGUCUUCGGAGCAGCAAGGAUUUUUUAUUCGAGGACUUCAAAGGAGACAAUCCAGCACCAUCUAUUGCUCAGUCUUCUCUAGAGAGGAGAAUAUCAACCAGCCACUUUGAAAAUGUUCUACAAUGGCUGUCCACACUUCAGAUCAGCACAAAUGUCGAGAACCAGCUGACCCUCAACUUCUCUCAGACGUCAGGUUAUGGAUCUGUGCUACCACAGGACGACGUGGUCUUUGACACAGAAGCUGAUAUUCCUCAAUGAAUUGUUUCAAUACACUGAAAACAAUGAUAUAACAUACAACAACAACAACAACAACAAUAUAAUGUAAACUGAUCAUUUUAUUUAUGCUUCCUUGUGCCACAAAGGUUGAUUCAGUUCUGUGGUAAUUUGAUGGGCUGUAGGUGUUUUGGGGGACAAUAGGGUGUGCCUUACAAUAAAAUAUUCCAAUCAUUAAACUGAUAAAUGUAUCUAUGUUUGCCAUAUACAUAUCAAUACAUAUUGAUGACACAUGUCCUGUUAUUUAAACACGUUAAAUAAAUUGAAUUGUUAUUUUUCACCCAUACAGAGAUACACAGUACAUAGACAUGCAAAUAGGCAGUACCAGUAUAUUUUUAAUAUAAUAAUAUAUUAGUAGAAGGGCUAUUACUUGUACUACAGUGUACUACAUUUCGAACAUCCGUCAGGUGGGCACAGACACUAAAUGAAACCAUGAUAAUGUUGCCAUUUGUAAAUUUGAUCUCAAUAAUAAUGAUGUAGGUCAGUAUUAUGUAUGUACUAUCAAACAUUAUAUUGUUAUAACCUGCUAUAUAUGAAAAGUGCCCUGAGAGAUAACUUAGCUUUGAAAAGUAAAGCCAACGCGGAAGUGUCCUAAAAUCUGCAUUCUAUGUAAAGGCAAGCAGGGGGAGCUCCAUUGGUUACAAUAACACAUCGAUACCAUUCACUCUAAUGGAGAAUAAGCCGACUUCUCACUUCAUUUAUGAGUUCAGUAAACAGUUUCCUAAUGAGUUUAUGGUCUCAAUCACUAGUUUCACAUCUUCUUCAAUACAUUAUGAUGUUCAUUUCGUAAAUUAUGGAGUAAUUUCGAAUAAAAUAGACAAUAAACCCGCGUAUACUUUUGGGAUGGCUACCUUUUGAUUGACAGGUCAUUCUCAGUGAGUCUGUCCAGCGUAGUGUAUGAAACUCAGAUCAAACUUAAUCUAGCCAGUGCUGAUCAAAUAGGAAGCAUGAUUUUGUUUCUGAACUUGACAGAUGACUGCUCCAGCUGACAGUUCUUAAUGGUCAAAUGGGCUGAUUUCACA